GACGAACAGACUUAAUUCGGAAGAAGCGUAAGAGUGGCCUUCGGCCGCUGACCUUCUUUCCGAUAACUCGGUCGGCUCGACUCGCGUUGAUACGUGAGAAAUACGUGGUUUGUGCGUCUCUCUCAGGGAGCUGGACGUAACAUUAUAUAUCUAUCUAUCUCUCUUUCUGUCUCUGCUUCAGAUUAUGCAAGAAUUAUUUGCAGAUAAGCCAUGGGUGCAACCAUUGUCAGUAGCUGGAUCUCAUGUAAAUGAAAGUGAAAAAGAAAAAGAAAACGAUCCAUCACAAAAAUGUAUCAAAAAAAGGAAAUUAAACACAUACAUACAACAAUACAUAGUGGAUAAGAAGAACAAAGGAAAAGAAGAGAAAUGCGGGAAAAACAGCAUAAUAAAAGAAUGAAUGCAUUUCAGCGGAUU